AUGGGAUCCUUUCGACAAACCAAAGAUAUCACGUCACCAGCAAAAUCAGUAGAUAGCAACAAGAGCAGCCAAUUGAAAAAAGAAGAAUUAUUACCUUUAUAUCAAGAUACGAAUUUUAUAGGCAUACUUAUAUCGGAUGAUAAUAACCAGCAGCAACAGCAGCACAUAGUACCGCCACCACCGAAGACUGCCACCACUAUUACCAAUAGUAGCGCUAACCUAAAACGGCAUCAAUCUUUGAGUCAUAGUAUCAAUAGUAAUAAUAAUAAUAGCCAUACUCGUCAUUCCUCCUUGUCCAUUUCAAGCUUGAAUUCCAUGCAACAUCCGCAGCAACGCAGUCUUCAUGAAACAAACAAUAAUAAACAACAAAUACCCUCACCGGUUUCGCCGAACAGCAGUAGUUUUUGCCAAUCACCUCGUUUAAGUUCUUCUUACUCCUUUUCGUCACGGCAUCAUCACUCGUACCAACAACAACAUCAACAGCCUAUGAUAAUGCCCGAGGAGAACUAUUUCAUUUCUCGAGCAAUGUCUGGCGCAUUCCGUAAGAUUCACAGCCGAGAUGACUUGCCAAUGUCUCAUUGUAAAAGAACAAGAGAAGGCAAGCGAUAUGGGCCUUUAUACAUGCUUACCAUAGAGUUAAAUACGACCUAUCAAUCCUGUAAUCAAGGGUUUAAAUAUAGCUCCAAGAAUAACCCAAGAAGAGUUCUCACAAAGCCAAGCAAGCCGUGUAAAAAUGAUGGAUAUGAUAACGAGGAUUUCGACUAUAUACUCUAUGUAAAUGAUACUUUGGGCAACACAGAAGGACACAAAUACCUCAUAUUGGAUGUGCUAGGAUCAGGUACAUUUGGCCAAGUCGUAAAAUGUAGAAAUACAAAAACUCAGGAAAUCGUUGCUGUCAAAGUGGUAAAGAAUAAGAUGGCCUACUUUAAGCAGAGUAUGAUGGAAGUAGCUAUACUAGAAAUGGUAGAGUAUGAUUACGCCAUAUUCCGUUUAGAGAGCCUCAACCAAAAAUAUGACGAACUAGAUCAGCAUCACUUACUGCGGCUCAAAGAUACAUUUAUACAUAAGAAACACCUUUGUUUAGUUUUUGAGCUAUUGUCUGUCAAUCUUUACGAAUUAAUCAAGCAGAAUCAUUUCCGCGGUUUAUCAACGAAUCUUGUACGAGUUUUCACAGCGCAAAUUUUAGAUGCAUUGACUGUAUUGAAUGAAGCCAGAAUUAUCCAUUGUGAUUUGAAACCUGAAAAUAUAUUGUUAAAGAAUCUAGAAUCACCGACAAUCAAAGUGAUUGACUUUGGUUCAGCUUGCCAUGAAGUGCAAACCAUGUAUACCUAUAUCCAAUCGAGGUUCUACCGUUCUCCAGAAGUUUUGAUUGGUUUACCUUAUACAAGUGCGAUUGAUAUGUGGUCUUUAGGCUGCAUUGCUGCCGAGUUAUUUUUGGGCUUACCCUUAUUUCCUGGUAGUUCAGAAUACAAUCAACUAUCGAGAAUUAUUGAAAUGCUAGGGAAACCACCAAAUUACAUGAUCGAAGUUGGUAAAAAUGCCCACCAAUACUUUGACUGCGAAAUAUCGAAUGGCGGUAAAAGUUAUAAGUUCAAGUCAAUUGAGGCAUAUUGUCGUGAACAAGGUAAACAAGAAGAACCUUCGAAACGUUAUUUUUCGGCAAAAACACUGCCAGACCUUAUAAAUAAAUAUCCUAUGCUGAGGAAAUCGGAAAUGUCUCGAAAAGAGAUUGAAAAGGAAAAGCAGAGUCGACUCGCAUUCAUUGAUUUUCUACAAGGUUUAUUAAACCUAAACCCAAUUGAGCGGUGGUCGCCUCAACAAGCCAAAAAACAUCCUUUCAUUACAGGCGAAGAAUUUAUUGCACCUUUUCAACCACCUUUCAUUCCAAGAAAGCAGCAGCAGCAGCAACAGCAGCAACCUCCGAUACCCUCACAGUCCACCUCCUCCAAGCAGCAGCCGUUAUUCAGUAGCAGCAGAAGCAACGGAUAUAGCAAUCGAAAUUCCUACCAUUCUGAUAACUAUUUAUCAAAUCCAACUUUCUCAACCAACAAUACUCAGCAUAAACGCGCUUCUUCUUAUAUACCUCCUUUACCAAGUGUCAUUGAACCACCACAUCACUUUCAACCACCAUAUAAAUAUCCUCAACAACAACAGCAACAACAACAAAUAAGCCAACCGAAUAAUCGGGAUCGUUCUCAUUAUCAACCGCAUCUAUCGUAUAACAAUCAUCAUUCUUCCGCGUUAAUCAACAAUAAUAUGAAAGAGUCAUCCCUAUUGCAUCACAAUUUAUCGUUACCGUCCGAAACUAUCGCCAAUAAUAAUGCGACUGCAACUACAGCCGGCAAUAAUAAUAUUAACGCAAACGUCGCAGGUCGACCCAGAGCUAAUACAUUAGGCACAAUGCAAGUACCACCACAGAUCCAGUGGGCUGCUGUAGACCAGUUGAGUGAAACCGCUCCAGCAGAAGGUUCGCUCUACAGCCCAUAUUACCCUUAUGGUUAUCACCAGCAUCAGCAACAUCCAAACGCUUUCUAUCACCAUGGAAGUGUCGAUAAUUUAAACAGUUAUUACACUGACAGUUACACCAUUAAGCGUCCUGCAAAAAGUAAUAGUAAUAGUAGUAGUUCUCUAUUGGGAUUGCCACGUUGGGCAAACACGACCAUUGAUUUGGAAAGAGACGGAGAUUGGCAAGAGGAUUUACCGAUAAGUCCAACAGCUACCAAUAACAUUUCUGCUGCUGCUGCUGCUGCUGCUGCUUCUGCGACUACUACCAUCACAGCACACAAUAGUAGUAACAAUAAUAAUAAUAGUAGUAGUAGUCUUCCUAAUACUGACAAUAAUGGCUCAGCUUAUAUACCAACAAAACAAUCCCAUAGAAGAAGCUUGAGUAGUGUUCGCUAUUCGGAUAUUCCAACUUCAAUAACAGGCGGUAAUGCCUAUUCAUCAUUGCUACUACCCAAUACGAGUCAUCCAACUUCUACUACCUCUGUUGCUAGGUCAAGUGUAUCCAGUUUACAUAGAUUGAUGAGAGGCCAUAUUAUACCUUACAGUAGACAAGAUUUAGAAUGGGACGGUGUAAUACAACAACCGACUACUGUUACCAAUUUUGACACAGCUGUAGUUACAAAUAACAAUAAAUCAACAACAGCAGCGGCAACGACAAAAAGAAUGGUUAAUGAAUAG